AUUCCCUUCCGCUGUCAAUACCAUGGCGACACUUCCCGUGGACACGUCGCAGAACGAUGCGCUGAAUUUGCAAGUCCUCCAGCGCCAAGACAAUCAGAUCAACGACAUCGUUGGCACUGCAAGCCAUGUCGUCGUGUACGAGUUUGAUCAGACGGAGCAGUCUUGGAAGCGAAAGGAAGUGGAAGGCAGUCUUUUCAUCGUCAAGAGGUAUUCGGCUCCUCGGUUUCAAAUGUUCGUCAACAAUCGACUGAGUACUUCGAACUUGACGAUUUCAAUCGAUGCACAAUUGAACGUGGACAACAUCGACGACUUCCUUAUCCUUCGAUGCGUCGACCCAUCGGCACCCAACACCUUCAAGAUUUACGGAAUCUGGUUCUUCCCCGAGGAAGAUCGCCAAAAGACUCUGAAAUUGCUCGAACGUGUGCUUGUCUCGUUGAAGGGUGCUCCCGCUGCAGCUAAACCCUCUCCCAAGCACAAGCAAAAGGCUCAACCUCCCCAACCCCAGCCUGCCCACGACGCGCAAACCGAAGCGAAGCAGGUAGCAGCAGCAGGGUCGUGUCAUGGACCUAUUCGAUCGCCAAAGAAGAAGGCGUCCACUGUCGUCUACAGCAAGGCCGAAGGGAUCGCUGCCGGAGUCGCCAUUCUGGGCAUGAUUUCGCAGUCGACUACGACCGACGACGCUACGUUGGCCGAUGCAGCGCAAACUCAGCUUCACGUGGCCACCAGCAACGCACAGCAACCGCCCCAACGACAAAAGAAGCAGCGCGAUCGCACGCCCCCUCGAGCGAAGCAACUCACCAAGGACGAAUUCAAGGAAGCGUUUGUGCAGUGUCUUGAAGAUCCUGCCUUCCUCAACCAAAUCUACCAGGCGUAUGCGAAAAAGCUCCCCAAACAAUAGACGUCUGGCUCGGGCCAUCACACUCUGUCCAAUUGUAUUUCCUGCACAGAUUAGCUGAGCAGUGCCACGUGCUUUCAUCUCGAUGCUUCGUUCAGUCGACCGGUGGCGAGCCAAAUGCAGCUUCAUCGUGGCUUCCCCGCGGAGGUGCGAGUGUAUACAGUGGGCAGUCAUGCGCGCGGCGAGUCGGGGAAUCGUUCCAUGCUCGCUGGCUUCAGGACGAGAUUCACGGCGAUCGACGGUUACG